AUGUCGUUCCAAACUCCACCUCCGAAAACAACCAUCUUCGAGAUAUCCUUCCCCAGUCCAGGAGUCCUGCUCGCGACGAUCAAUCGUGAGAAGCGCAUGAACUCGAUCCCUUUGAGAGGUCACCACGAGGGAACAGCACUAUGGAACUGGCUUGACAGCGAGCCGUCUAUGAGAGUAGGUAUCAUUACCGGCAAGGGGGCCAAGGCUUUCUGUGCGGGCGCCGACCUUAUAGAACAGCGUGAUAUCAGCCGCGGUGACGAGGCCAGACCUGAAAAGGGCGCCGAAGGCGGCUUUGCAGGGUUAAGUCAACGACGAGGAAAGAAGCCAGUUAUUGCUGCGGUCAAUGGGCUGGCACUGGGAGGCGGAUUUGAAAUUUGUCUGAACUGUGACCUGAUCGUUGCAUCCCCUAAGGCUUAUUUUGGCUUACCUGAAGUUCUUCGCGGCCUGUACGCUGGAGCUGGUGGGCUGUCGCGUAUUGUCCGUGAUUGCGGAAUGCGCAUUGGCAGUGAGCUGGCACUGACCGGGCGUCGGGUACCUGCAGAAGAGGCGCUGCAGCUGAGGUUGAUCAACCGUAUUGCGAGCUCCCCGGAGUCCGUUUUGGAUGAAGCCCUGGCGCUGGCCAAGGAUAUUGCUAGCAAGUCUCCUGAUGCGAUCAUUGUCUCUCGGUCGGGUCUUCGUGAAUCAUGGGAAACCGCGAGUACGAUCGAAGCGGACAAGAUCACAGCAGAGAGAUACGGCAAGGGGCUGCUGAGCUCGGAAAAUCUGAGAAUUGGACUGGAGGCCUUUGCAGCUAAGAAGCAACCGCAGUGGGUGGCUUCCAAGCUUUAG